AAACCUUAAAGGUUAGGUAUAAAGUACAAAACUGCUUGUAAAUACACUAUAUAACAUGGUAUAAAUAGAAGAAGAAAAACACUACAUGGUAAAACAGAAAAAUGGCCAAUUCUAAAUGUUGUUCUGCUGUUUUCUUAAAAUAAGGCCUUCCUUCAAAAUUUAUUUAAAGUUUUUUUCUUUCAAUACCCAGACUGUCCAUAGUAACCAGCAUGUAUUGACUUCCUGUUAAUCCUGACUUGCAGUUAACCUUAUUGUGGAAAAAGAGGGACACAGAGGUGGUCGUUGCAUUGGUCCCUUCACAGAUUAAGGGGCGCAACAUCCUUAUCCACCACAGUGAGCUACGCACACUUCGACCACACCAGUGGUUGACAGGGGAGGUUAUUGAGGCCCUGUUUCAUGUUGCUGCCCAUACAUUCAGUGUGGUGGACACCAUCUACUUGAUGAGUCAUUACACUACAGGUGGGAUACUGUUCGGUGACAGAACUGAGCUACCCCGUCACAGUUUACCAAAGGUAAACUUUGAGAACUAUGAAGCUGUUCUGUCAUUUGUGCUUGUCAACAACAACCACUGGAACUUUCUGUACAUUAAUGCUAAAACCAGCACAGUAUUCUUGAUGGAUCCAGCCCCCAUGUCAUCUGAAUUGGAGGACUCUAAACGGGCUGCUAAAAGAAUACAUGAAUACUUCAGGAUGAGAAGGACAUGCCACAGCAAAACAGACUGGGUGGAUGUAAAGUGGAAAGGGGGAGUUAUGUGCCACCCAGUUCAAAAAGACGGAAGCAGCUGUGGUGUGAUUGUUGUUAAGAUGGCAAACGCUGUGAUGGAGGCCUUCCCUCUGAUGCCAGAUGUUAGAUUUGAAACAUCAAAAACGCACAUGACAAGGGAGAGGAGAGAUCUAGCUCUCCAACUCCUAGAAGCAUCAGUCUUUGAUGAGCACUCAUGUUGUGCUAUGUGUGCAGCCUUAAGGCCUCCGGGAUCUGGACCCCCCAUUACAGACUGGGUCCAGUGUGAUGGCUGUGAACGGUGGUUCCAUGCUCAGUGUGUGGAAAUGGACAGCACACAAUAUGAAGAGGCAAAGAAAGGAAACUGGGAAUGUCCGUUGUGUAAAUAAAGUGUUUCUUUGAAAUCUGCUCAAUGCU